AUCAGUAGAAUGCUUAAUCCAGACAAGUGGCAGGCCACCUUUGAUAAUGAUGGGAAAGUUUUUGGUUUCCACAAAGCACUGAAGUGGAUUACUCUUGGGCCGAAUCACCUAUUUACUUCUCAAUAGUUGUCAUGCUUCAUCUUCCGACAAAGAGUUUGAGUGUGAUUUAUGCAAUGAUGAGAUCAACUAUAUUCAGAUUUGCGGUAGGAGAGGAGCAGGGCAGGGCAACAAUGGUGAAAGAAGUAAAAAGAGCAAAAGAAAAGUUUUAGGAGGUUGCUUUUGUGGUUGUCAGCAAGGAGCCAGAGCUAAGAAUGGUUCGAAAGUGAAUGGCAAACGUGUUUAGGUUUGUGUAGAGGACAUGGACAAAGUAAAGACCAAAAGGUAGGAUCAAGUCUACUGCAUAAUAGGCAUUGACGUGACAUAAUAUGGAUGCUUGCUACUCGUACUGGAAACUAUUGCUGGCGCACUUCCAAAAAUGUAGCGGGGACUUUCAUCGGGUGGCUAACUUGUUCAAGCGGCACUCCAACCGAUAAGAGUUUGUCUUCGUCUCUAGAGCUGAGUUACAUUAAUCGAGGAUGAGAAAGCUUAGUGUUCAUUUUGUUUUGUUGCUUAUUUGAGGAAGAUGGUGACAUCUAUAUUGAAGGUUUGGCCACAUUCGGAAUGGGUUAUCCAUUUUUUGAACUUUUCAAUAUAAUGUAAAAGUAAGAUAUCAAGGUGCUCUCAUCGAUCACACCGUCAUUUACUUCUCGACAAUGCAUUACGUAAUGCAUCUAGAGAUUGGUGCUCUCCUAAGCCUUGAUGCCAUAUCUGAGAGCCAACAUGGGUGUGGAUCCAUCUAUAAGGCCAGAAGUUUGGGAAUUCCUUCUGGGAUGUUACACUUUAAGCAGCACUGCUGAGUAUAGAAGGCAAUUGAGAAGUGCCCGGAGGGAGCGUUACAAUGAUCUUAUCAAGCAAUGUCAGAUGAUGCAUUCAAGCAUAGGUACAGGUACCCUUGCCUAUGCCGUGGGGUCCAAAGUCAUGGAUAUGAGGACGGUGUCCAAAGAUGGCGGAAGAAGUGAAGCUGAGGACAAAAGUAGAAACACUUCAGAUAAUGUGAACCUUCUAGAGAAUUACUGUGAUUGGGAUAAUAAUUGCACAGAUACACCAUAUGCGUGUGAAAGGGAAAGCUCUAGUGAUUCGGGUGACCUCAUCAGUGUUCGAGGAAGCACAGAUAGUGCAGCGUACGGCUCAUCCGGUUUUAUACCUACUUCUGGUCCAUACAACUGUCAUUCCCCAGAACUCGGGAGUGAAGGAAAUGGAUCACAAUAUACAGAGAGUUAUUUUGAUUUUCCUCCAUUACCUGUUACAAAUUUGUUCGAGAAUAGUGGCAAUGGCAAUGAUAGGAAAGGACACGAGUUGCAUGAUAAUAGACUUUCUACACGGCGGAAAUUGCGAUACGAAGAUGAUCAUAUGCAUAGUUUUCAGAUUGACGGCAAUGUAGAUCUAGUUGUGGAACCCGAUGGUUCGCCUUCUAACACUGUCUCAUUUCCUUUUAACUGUGAAGUUGAGAUGGACCGCCCUGAUGUCCAGGAACCUCUAUCUCAGUCCAAUAAUCUGGAGUACAAAACAGAGAUAGUAAACAGACUAAGAAUAUCGGACGUGCAAGAAACACCGUUUAUGGAUGCAGGGGAGCCUGUUAGCGAAGACAGGGUAUCAGAAUGGCUUUGGACACUGCACCGAAUUGUUGUUGAUGUGGUUAGAACUGAUGGUCAUCUCGAGUUCUAUGAGGAUACAAAAAAUUUAGCUCGAAUGUCAGAUAUACUCGCUGUUUAUGCCUGGGUUGAUCCUUCCACAGGGUACUGCCAAGGAAUGAGUGAUUUGCUCUCGCCCUUCAUCAUUCUUUUUGAGGACAAUGCUGAUGCUUUUUGGUGCUUUGAGACACUUUUAAGGAGAAUGGUAUAUCUUAAUUUGGGAGACUUCUUUUGCUUAAGAUAUAUCUUAACCAGUGCGGAUCUUUUUGCAAAUCGGUUUAAACAAUAUGAUACUCUUUUGCUUAUGUAUAUUUUCACGCCUCCCCAGCGGGAAAACUUUCAGAUGGAAGGACCAACUGGUGUGAUGAAGCAGUUGCAAUCACUCUGGCGUAUUUUGGAGCUUACAGACAAAGAAAUGUUUGCUCACCUUUCACAUGUAGGUGCUGAAAGCCUUCAUUUUGCCUUCAGGAUGCUGUUGGUACUCUUCCGCCGGGAGUUAUCUUUCAAUGAGGCUCUUUGUAUGUGGGAGAUGAUGUGGGCUGCUGAUUUUGAUGAAUCCGUUGCUUGCAACUUAGAGGAGAACUGCCUGGAGCCGUUGGUAAUACAGAUUCCAAGGGUAUCAAGUACAGAAUUGGGAGAAGAAACCCCUGGAAAUGGAGAUGGAAAACGUAGUAGAAAAGGUGGUUCAAAAUCAAGUCAUGAAAAUGGAGAACGCUGCAUCUCUGUCAACAGCGGAGUCAAACCAGCAUCAAUGCAUCCCUUCUGUGGAUUGACAAGAACUUUCUGGUCAAAAAAUGAUCAUUUGCAUAUGUGUACCAUAGUCUCAUCGACUAGGAAUGGUGACGAUGAAUUGCCUGUCUUUUGUGUGGCUGCAAUUCUGAUCCUGAACCGCCAGAAAAUCAUCAGAGAGACCAAUUCAAUUGAUGACCUGAUAAAGAUAUUCAACGAUAGGAUGCUCAAGAUUAGGGUAAAGAGAUGUGUGCGUACAGCCAUCAAACUCCGGAAAAAGUAUUUCUUCAAGCUGAUCAAGAGAAGCAGCCCUACAGCUCGGCACAAUGACUAGUAGCUCGGUUUUCUUUGUGGGUAGCAAUAAUUCAAGUUCGAAGUUGGAGUGGCGUGAUAAGAUUUUUUUAUUUAAACUAUUUUAUGGACGAAGAGAUUUGGCAAAGGGCGUAUGCUGUUUGAUGAUUCAUUCAAUUAUUUGUGCCUACAAAACCUUUCUACCUGCAACACAAGAUAUUUGGGAGCUUUGUCAAGACCAAUGUGAAUGAACAUUAUCAAUAACACUUUUGUCACCUGAUGCCUGUGAUAGGACUGGAGAAUGGAUAGAGCUUGCGUGAUGUCUCUCGUGCAGGAUCGUUUGUAGUUAUUUUGCAGGUGGGUUGUAUUUGAUUUCAUCGUUGUUAUAUCGAUACAAUUGGAAAGCCGUGUAUCACCAAUUCAAUUGGUUUUGUACGAGUAUUUUCCCAGAAACAUUCAAACUGUCAAAGUCAAUGAAAAAUUAUUUGCUUUUUUU